CUUGUUUCUCUCUCUAGCUGAGAGACGCAGGGAGCCCCGCCGGUGACCGCUCCGGUCCCGGCGGCCACCACCUCCGUUGGCGGCAAUCCCGCCCCCCGGCACCACUCGCCACCCUCCCACCCCUUCACCGGCGACGAUGGACGACUCGCUGCCCCCUCCCUCGCGCCGGGAUGGGAAAUCACUGGCCAAGUACAGCCCGUGGGGGGGUCCCGGCCCCUCAACCCCGCAGCUACUCCGUUCGUUCCCUCUCUCGGGGCUGGAACAUCGCGGUCGCCGGACGGCCCCUGCUUCAGCAUCCCUUCUUCGAUCUCCGAUGGCGAAGAGGAGGUGCUCUGGUCGACCCCGCGCCCUACCUCCAAGGGUAAGGAACCACUGGUCGUCGAGGACUUGGAUGUCCCUCCUCGGGUGGCUUCCCCGCGGGGUUUCAUGGCGGAUGCUCGCCGGGUCGCACCACCUCCAGCGCGCUCUCUGCGUUUCACUCACGCCCCCCCACCUGUGGAUCGCUCGGGCGUCGGUCUGGUUCCGCGUCCUGGCCCUGCUCGUCCGCUGUUGGUCGACGCCGCCGUGCUCGUGGCGUUCCUAGCGCCACUCGGCGUCCGGCAGCACCGCCUCGCCGUCCGGUCCCAGCGGACCUCGUCGGCCGCUGCUUCAACUGCUUGUCCUUCGACCAUGUCGCGGCGCAUUGCCGUAAUCCCUCUCGCUGCCUUCGCUGCGAGGAGGUUGGGCAUUCCGCCAAGAACUGCAAGAGAUCUCGGCGGGACGCGCCGCUGGCCUGUGGUCGUGGGCAACCGGUUCGUCGUCCUGCUCGGGCUCCUGACGCCGCGGCGGCGCGCAACAACCUGCGUGCGUGGCAUUCCGCUGCCUCCGCUUCCACGGCUUCGUCGGCAUCGGGCUCUACUGGUCGCUCCUACUCCGGCCCCUCCUCAAUCUGCGCGGCUUCUCCUGCUCGAGAGGAACGGCGUCCGGAGGAUAUGCCGGUCGUUCCUGACCCUGACCUCCUCGUCGAGCAGGAACCUCCGAGCCCCCCACCAGCCGGUCAUCCGUCCAGAUGCCCGGCGAUCCGUUCUUGCGUGCUGCCACGCGACGGUCACCUUCAGGCGCGUGAGGACCACCUCGCCAGUCACGCUCUGGUCGUCCUGGUGGUCGGCACUCGGCCGCGCUGCCCGUUCUGGAGCUGGUUCUUCAAGGUACACCGACCCCAAGGGAAGACUUGGUCCUGCAGUUCAAGAGGUGGCACAGGCAUGCCACCGCCGAAGCCGAUUCCAUGAAGUUUAGGGUCUUGGUCGAGCUCAGUGGAAUCCCUUCUCAUGCCUGGUCGGCUGCCACUGCUUGGAAGGUGUUGGGGGAUUUUUGUGCUUGCCCGGAGCUUACGCCAUCCACCGUUGCUCGUACUGAUCUUCGGCGUUUUCACGCCGUUACUUGGUGCUCCGAUCCGGAUCUCAUCCCCAAUGUCACAUUUCUGAGGAUCCCUGAAAUGAGAGACCCCAAUGCGGGCGCGGAGCUGUUCUUGCGUCCCCA